AUGGCAGGCUACUACCCUCUCGCGGCACAACCCACCGCCAUGCACCAGGGAGCGCCUCUCCCUCCCUCCCGGGCGGCCGCCUUCUCUGCCCAGGCGCUCGCAUUCCUUCCCCAGGCGGCCCCCUUCUCUCACCAGGCUCCGCGCGCUGCGCACAACAACCCCGCGCAGCAGCCUCAGGUCUCCGCAAAGCCUUCCGUCGCCGGCUCUCUCCCCGCGCAACCCGCCCUUGCGCUCCCACCCAAGCGCACCCCUGAGGAGGCAGGUCUCAACGCAACUCCUCCCUCCCCCAAACGCCCAUCUCUGGCCGUUCCUCUCGCCCUUCCUUCCUUUCGACUCGCCCUUCCUACCGUUCCUCUCGCCCUUCCUGCCGUUCCUUCUCCUCCACAACCUCGUCAACAUUCACCCAGCCCAGCAGCAGCCCCCGAGCCAGCUGAAAGGGUCCGCAAGGGACGAGCGUUCCUCCCCGCCAAUGAAGCGCUCUCCCUGAAAGAAGCCAUCACCUGGUGUAGGGGAGGACUUAGCGACGAGAGCGGCGUUACCAUCAAAAAAAUGAGAGACUUUCUGAGGCGGGGCCGCAAAGAUUGGACAAAGGGGAUCUGGAAGAGAGAUUGCGACAGGUCGCGAUUGGAGCAGAAGAUGGAGGAAUUGUACGAUGCGGGGGAGUUUUUCAGGGUGAAGCAGGUCGAGGAAAAUAAGUGUUUCGUCGUGACGCAUGAAAAGCCCGUUCGUCGGGAUUCUGAUAGCGGGUCCCGGUCUACUGCGUCGACUUCCUCCCCGCAACCAAGCCCUUCGAGAGUCCACUCGAGAGCUGCGUCCGGUCCUUCGAAUGCUCCGAUUCCCGGGGGAACCACAGUGCAAACUGCUUUUCUCAUUCCAGAUGACUAUGCUGCUGAAGCAACAAAGCAGACAGCUUUCCUCGGWGCAGACGACAGCCCUGCUACGGGGACGGCGGUGUCUCCGUAUGUCAUUGCAGAGGACAAUAGCGAGCAGCCUCCCGCUCGUCCAAACAAAAAGGGAAAGGCCAGGACGACUGCAGCAUGGGUCCAACUAUACCCAGAACUCCGGCCGCAAUAUGGUCAACAGCCGCGUCGAGAGUACUCCGACCAGCUUCCUGACGGACGCAUCAACUUUGCUCGUCCUGCCUCAUCGGAAGGAGCUGCUCCGGAAGAGCCGUUAGAAAGUCCUCCCGCUGUUCCAGCUCCUGGGAAGAAACGCAGAGCACGGAAGCCUAAAGCCGCUGCUACUCUGCAGGCGGAAGAGCCCACUGAGGCUACAGGUCUUUUGACGCCAGCCGAAGAGCCAGCUGAACCUCUCCCAUCCGAGCAACGGUCGGAACAGUAUGAGCCCUCUGAUGAACAUCCGCAACACUGCGAGUUUUUACCUAACUUCGACGACGAGCCCGCUGUUGAACCGGAGAGGGAAGUCAGUGAAGCAGCCGAAGACUCCGGGGAGUUGAUUUUGGAGAAUCCGGAAGAUGUGCUUGGCGCCCCAGCGAAUUCCCUGUUUGGAGACGACUCUUCGCAGGAUGAAAACGAGUCGUUGUGGGGAGAGGAACCUUUGCAGAAGGAGAUGGUGCCUGAGAUUGAAUCAAAUGGGCAGGAAGAGGAUGUGGAGGAGGAUGAGCAUGGUGAUGAUGAUGACAAUGGUGAUGAGCAGGAAGAGGAUGAUGAUGAUCUCGAUGCUCAGUUCUGGCAGGCACUGGAGGAGUUGGAGGAGGAGGAGUUGGAGGAGGAGGAGUUGGAGGAGGAGGAGGAGGUGGAGUCUGAGGCGGAAUAG